AUGAAUAGACACAGAGGUCCUUCAAGUCGUUGCAGAAAGAUAUUAAAAUUGGUGAACUAUGGGAUACACGAAAAUUUCACAUAUCUUUCGCGAAGUUCUUUCCCCAUUGAUGGCAUAUCAGACCUCAAAGAAGUCAACUCAGAACCUGAUGAUUUUAUUACAUCGGCUCCAUUAAUAGUAGUAAAUUUAUCUCCAAAUGAUAAUAAUACCUCACCACCAAAUUUACCAACAAAUGACAUUUUAGAUAUUUCUCAUAAUGUUAUUGAAUCAUUACUACCUGAAAUGGAAUACCCUACUCCACUGCAAUCUGUAAAUAAUAAUGAUGAUUUACAGAUUACUGAUAAUUCUAUUGUAAUGACUCCAUCAACCCAACAAAAAAUAGAUUUUAUAGCCACGCCGACUGUUUUAUACAUUAAUAAUGAUUACUAUCUAAGAAAUAUUUCCGACUUAGAGGGUUUUUUACAUAGUAUUGAAACACAAAAUAUAUCACAGGAUAUUGUACCUACGGAAUCGAAGGAAAGACCCGUCACUCCUAUAGAACCGCUUACGAAAAAGAGAAAAAUAGAUCCUAAUUUAUGGAAAGAUCGCAAAAAUAAAACUCUUAAAAAUUCUGGUAAAAGUUAUGAAAGUGUUAGAACUAAAAAGCAAAACGUAGAAAAAUCUAUAGGUGCAACUGCAAACAGAAAUGUUACGAAAAGAUACAGCAAUAUAAGAGGAGUAAAAUUUUUCAAAAUUUUGGGCUAUCGGGGACCACAAAAGACAGUGGGAUUUUAUUAA